AUGCCUUGCUCUUCAUCGACUCCAAUCACAACUGGUAGCGAUAGCAGUAACACCAACAACAACGAGAAGAAGAAUACGAAAAACGAUGGCUCUUCUCUCCGCGAUUUCAAACUGAACGAAUCUACCUUUUUAGCUUCACUCAUGCCGAAGAAAGAAAUCGGAGUAGAUCGGUUCCUUGAUUCUCACCCUAAUUACGAUGGUCGCGGUGCUCUCAUCGCGAUUUUCGAUUCUGGCAUAGACCCGGCUGUUGAUGGAUUGCAGGUUACAUCAGAUGGGAAACCAAAAAUUCUUGAUGUCAUUGAUUGUACUGGGAGUGGUGAUAUUGAUACCUCAAAGGUCGUGAAGGCUGAUGCACAUGGUUGUAUUCGUGGGGUAUCAGGGGCAUCUUUGGUUAUCAAUACUUCAUGGAAAAAUCCUUCUGGUGAAUGGCACGUGGGUUAUAAAUUGGUUUACGAGCUCUUUACAGAAGAGUUGACCUCUCGUUUGAAGACAGAAAGAAAGAAAAAAUGGGAUGAGAAAAACCAGGAGGAAAUUGCAAGGGCUGUAAAAAAACUUGAUGAUUUUGAUCAGCAACACAUCAAGGUUGAGGAUGGAAAGCUUAAGAGGGUACGUGAAGAUCUGCAACAUAGGCUUGAUCUUUUGAGGAGGCAAUCUGAGAGUUAUGACGAUAAAGGACCCAUUAUAGAUGCUGUUGCCUGGCAUGAUGGGGAGGUCUGGAGGGCUGCCCUUGACACACAGAGCCUUGAAGAUGAUCCAAAUUGUGGAAUGCUUGCUAAUUUUGUGCCUUUAACUAAUUAUAGGAUUGAGAGGAAAUAUGGCGUCUUCAGCAAAUUAGAUGCUUGUACAUUUGUUGUUAAUGUCUAUAAUGAUGGGAAUGUUUUAAGUGUUGUAACAGACUGUUCUCCCCAUGCCACCCAUGUUGCUGGUAUAUCUGCUGCUUUCCACCCAAAGGAGCCUUUGUUGAAUGGAGUUGCACCUGGCGCACAAUUAAUAUCUUGUAAAAUUGGGGAUGCCCGCUUAGGUUCAAUGGAGACAGGAACCGGGUUGAUUCGGGCAUUGAUAGCUGCUGUGGAGCAUAAAUGUGAUCUCAUUAAUAUGAGUUAUGGUGAAGCAACUUUACUGCCCAACUAUGGACGUUUUGUUGACCUUGUGAAUGAGGCGGUCAACAAGCAUCGUCUGAUAUUUGUAAGCAGUGCUGGUAAUAGUGGUCCAGGAUUGAGCACUGUUGGUGCACCUGGUGGUACAUCUUCGAGUAUCAUCGGUGUCGGUGCAUAUGUUUCUCCGGCAAUGGCUGCUGGUGCUCAUUGUGUUGUUGAACCUCCUUCAGAGGGGCUUGAAUACACUUGGUCUAGCCGUGGGCCAACGGCUGAUGGAGACCUUGGUGUCUGUAUAAGUGCUCCUGGUGGUGCUGUUGCUCCUGUUCCUAAGUGGACUCUUCAACGGCGCAUGCUCAUGAACGGGACAUCAAUGGCAUCACCAUCAGCCUGUGGAGGAACUGCAUUGCUUAUAAGUGCAAUGAAGGCUGAGGGAAUUUCUGUGAGUCCAUAUAGUGUGAGGAAGGCUCUUGAGAAUACCUCAGUUCCCAUAGGUGAUUUGCCUGAAGAUAAAUUAUCCACCGGCCAAGGGCUUAUGCAAGUUGACAAGGCUUUUGAAUAUAUACAGAAGUGUCAAAACUUUCCAUGUGUUCAGUAUCAGAUAAAUGUCCAUCAAUCUGGAAAAACAAGUCCUACAUCACGAGGCAUCUACCUGAGGGAGCCUAGUGCUUGUCGACAGACUACUGAGUGGAUAGUGCAAGUUAAUCCCAAGUUUCAUGAAGAUGCCAGCAACUUUGAGGAAAAGAUUCCUUUUGAGGAAUGCAUUGAGUUAUAUUCUACUGAAAAAACUGUUGUGAAGACCCCUGACUAUCUCUUGCUCACUCAUAAUGGUCGUAACUUCAAUGUAGUUGUGGAUCCUUCCAAUCUAUCUGAUGGUCUUCACUACUAUGAAGUCUAUGGUAUUGACUGCAAAGCGCCAUGGCGUGGUCCUAUUUUCAGAAUUCCCAUUACCAUAACAAAGGCCAAGGCUGUAACUAACCAGUCUCUACAAGUUUCAUUUUCAAAUAUGUUAUUCCAGCCAGGGCAUAUAGAAAGGAGAUAUAUAGAAGUGCCACAUGGUGCAUCUUGGGCUGAUGUAACAAUGAAAAUGUCAGGGUGUGACAUACCUCGAAAGUUUUUUGUGGAUGCCGUUCAGAUGUGUCCAUUGCAAAGACCUCUGAAAUGGGAAAAGGUGAUAACUUUUGCUUCUUCGGGUGCCAAAAGCUUUACCUUUAAGGUAGUAAGUGGUCAGACAUUGGAACUGGUCAUUGCUCAGUUUUGGUCAAGUGGCAUAGGGAGUCAUGAAACUGCCAGUGUGAAUUUUGAGGUUGUUUUUCAUGGGAUAAAAGUUAAUCAUGAAGAACUUAUACUUGAUGGAAGUGAAGCACCGGUCAGAAUUGAUGCUGAAACAUUAGUGGUAUCCGAGGAACUUGCUCCAGUGGCUAUUCUAAACAAGAUUAGGGUUCCUUAUCGACCAAUAGAUUCUAAGAUUUGUGCACUCUCAGCAGAUCGUGAUAAACUUCCAUCUGGAAAACAGAUACUGGCGCUGACUUUGACCUACAAGGUCAAAUUGGAAGAUGGAGCUCAAGUAAAGCCUCACAUACCAUUGCUAAAUGACCGGAUAUAUGACACUAAAUUUGAGUCUCAAUUUUAUAUGAUUUCUGACUCCAACAAACGCGUGUAUUCAAGUGGAGAUGCCUAUCCAAGCUCUUCAAAUCUUCCCAAGGGAGAAUAUAAUUUGCAGCUCUAUUUGAGGCAUGACAAUGUGCAAGUUUUGGAAAAGAUGAGGCAUUUGGUGUUAUUCCUUGAGAAAAAUUUGGAGGAGAAGGAUGUUAUUCGGUUAAAUUUUUUCUCUCAACCUGAUGGCCCACUGUUGGGAAAUGGUUCCUUUAAGUCCUCAUUAUUAAUUCCAGGUAUAAAAGAAGGAUUAUAUCUUGGUCCACCGCAAAAAGAAAAGCUUCCCAAGAGUUCUCAACAAGGAUCUGUAUUGGUUGGGGCCAUUUCAUAUGGGAAACUAUCAUUUGCUGAUCAGGAGGAGAAAAAAAAUCCCGAAAAGCACCCUGCUUCAUAUCGAAUUUCUUAUGUAGUUCCUCCAAAUAAGGUUGAUGAGGAUGACAAAGGAAAAGGUUCUUCCUUAUCUACCAAAAAGACUGUCUCUGAACGUAUAAAAGAAGAGGUAAGGGAUGCAAAAAUAAAAGUUCUUGGAACCCUAAAACAGGAAAGUGAUGAAGAACGCUCGGAGUGGGAAGAGCUAGCUGCAUCGCUAAAAUCGGAAUAUCCAAAGUACACUCCGUUGCUUGCAAAGAUUUUGGAAGGUUUAGUUUCUAGGAGUAAUAUCAAAGAUAAAAUCCAUCAUGAUGAGGAGGUGAUUGAUGCAGCAAAUGAUGUGAUUGACAGUAUCGACAGGGAAGAGUUAGCUAAAUUUUUUGCACUAAAAAAUGAUCCAGAAGAUGAUGAAGCAGAGAAUACCAGGAAAAAGUUCGAGUCUACCCGAGACCAGUUAGCACAGGCACUGUAUGAAAAGGGGCUCGCCCUGGCAGAUAUUGAAUCUUUAAAGUUGGCAGACUUGACUUGGUGUAUAUUGUCAAAGGAUUUGGAUGCUACAGAAGGUGCAAACAAAGGUGUGGACAGUGAGCAAUCUACAGAUGAUGGGAGUCAUCCAGACUUGUUUGAAGAGAAUUUUCUAGAACUCAAGAAAUGGGUUGAUGUAAAGUCAUCUAAAUAUGGAAUCCUCACAGUAACACGUGAGAGGCGUUCUCAGAGGCUUGGGACAGCAUUAAAGGUACUGUGUGACAUAAUUCAAAAUGAUGCAGAGACUGCCAAGAAAAAAUUCUAUGAACUAAAGCUCUCAUUGCUUGAUGAGAUUGGGUGGAAAGAUUUAGCAACAUACGAGAGACAGUGGAUGCUUGUGCGUUUCCCUCCAACCUUACCCCUUUUCUAG